AUGGGCGGAAAUGCUAGCCCCGACGUCGCGGAUCUGACGCUAUCUCUGAUGGAAUUCCGUUAUAUUCGUAGACGUCCCAACACUGGGCUCUGUUUCUUCCGCUACAAUGACGAUAUUCUGGCUACCAAUUGCCCGGAUUUCCCUGACCGCGCCACAGAGAUUUACGAAACUGCGCUUACACUAAAUGCUACUUAUUUCAGACGGUGCGACCGUUUUCUUGACCUGGCAAUCAGCCUGACGGACGUUGAAAGUUUGAUGUUUACAACAAAACUCUGGAUCAUCCCUUCCCCGUCAGCCAAGCUAGCGACCCUGAUAGUGAUGCUGACUCCACUAUACAUGAUGGAAUAA